AUGUUGAAGUUCAUCACCCUAAGGAGUUCAAUUCUUUCAACUGUCAUCUUCUUGUUCGCCUCCUUCCAAGGCAUCUGCGGAUUCGUGCUCCCAGUUUGUGAUGCAUUUGCCACUAACAUACCCCAAUGGAUGUCUUUGGAUCACAAGUACUAUAGAGAGGCAAUUUACGGAACUAAUGAACCUCUUUCUGAUAAAGCCAGUUUAAUAUGCAAACUUUUAGGCUGUAUGGUGUUCUUCAUGGCGCAAUAUAUAGGUGCCAUUAUUGGUCUCGCCUAUCUUCAGGUGUUGAUUUUCCUUCUUGAGUUUCGCCAAGAGAUGGUGAAGGAAGAGAUCCAUCAGCAUCAGGCCUACUACAUGUAUGAGCUGAAGAGAAUCAACAUGGAAAAGCAGCUGCAGCAACAGCAGCAAGUGGUUCUUCCACAAGAAAGCAAUCUCACAAGCUAUGCAGCAUUAGACAGAAUAAGUGAAAAGGAUGAGUCUCAACUUAUAGAAGAGAGUGAGUUCUGA